GACAGCCGGACCGCACAGUGAGCGGUGCGAAGAGUAAGGGAUAAGAGUGAGAAGAAAGGGGAAAGGAACAAAAAGAAAGAAGGAGAGCAGGGGACUGCGCGGCCCUCUGUACUAAUGGACCACAAGGAUAUUUAACCGCUUGCCCUGGGAGCGCACAGACACCGCAGUCCAUGCCUCUCCCUUGCCAGGUCAUUGAUGGGAAAUCAACUGGAUCGGAUCACCCACCUCAACUACAGCGAACUGCCCACGGGGGAUCCGUCCGGGCUGGAGAAGGACGAGCUUCGAGUCGGCGUCGCCUACUUCUUCUCUGACGAAGAGGAGGAGGUGGACGACCGCACUCCGUCUGACUGCGGAUUCACCAAGGACCACAGCCCGACCGAGGAGGGACCCUUAUCGGUCAGCGAGGUGGAGUACUCGGCUUUCUGCUCCCAGGAAUGCAUCUUCUCCAAGCUGCGCGAGAACGAGGACUUGAAUGUGUACUCGGCCAAAACUUUGCUGACUAUGUGCAAACCGGGGGACCUGCUGGAGCUGGUGGCCACCGCGCAAGCCCCCCACUGGGUCAUCUUCGAGCAGGAUGACCAAAUCAUUCAUCUGCACAAGGGCGAAAUCCGCAAAGACAGCCUGCUUGAGAUCAGCAACGGCCGCCACGGGAGAAUAGUCAAUAAUCGUUACCGCUAUCGGCCGCUACCCCCUGACCUAGUGAUGCAGAACGCAGCGGGACACGUGGGCCUGAACAGCGAGGAGAUAUGCUGGACCAACUCGGAAAGUUUCGCUGCCUGGUGCCGCUUUGGGAAACGGGAGUUCAAAGCCGGGGGAGAAGCGCACUCAGCGGAGCAGCAGUACUUCCUCAAAGUGCAUCUGUCCGGCAGCGAGGUGCACACUCUGGUCUUUCGCAGCCUGGAGGACAUGAUCCGGGAGAGAAGGCGAGUAGACGCCAGUGGAAUUCUCAAAGAGCUCUCUCUGGUUAACGGGGGCAAGGAGUGAUCAGGGAUUCCGUUUGAUAUCGUCUCCUCCACCCGCCCUCCCUGCCUCCUCUUUGCCAAAGCGCACGGACGCACACUUUUGCGCACACAAUAACGUACUUUCACACAAGCACACGGACGCACACGUGCAAGGACCUGUUGGUGUUGGACUGUCUGUUUGUCACGGAUGGGGCCUGAGUUUUAUUUCUUUUCUUUUUUUCUGGACCAAAGGCGCCCUGUGGAAUUUCCAUCAAAAUACAGUGUUGAGAGAAAAGAGAGCGCGGCCAUAUAAACAGACAACGCCCAUUCUGGUUAGAAUUCGUGCUGAGUGGGACACACGAUUUCUAAGAAACUCAUUGUUCCCGAUAAGCGAAAUCACCUUUACAACCCCUCCCCACAUUGCGCGCACGGCUCGGUUUGGUUUCUGUUUAAUUUCUCGGGAUAAUGGAAUUGGCCCCUUCUGUAUAUAGGGUGCCUGCUGCAGCAGACCAGACGGUGAGACCGGCAGAAGGAGAGGGAGGGAGGGGUUGAAAGAUAGGAUUUGGGAUGGCUCUCGAGAAGUCUCCCUUCUAUUUUUUUACUGUUAGCUUUAAAACCUGGACAGACCACGACAUAGAUCCAAGCCACAAAUUCACAGACAGUCCUAGCUGAUUACGCAGUUGCCUAAACAAAACAUUUUGGCUUGACCAAGCUCCCCUGUUGCCAUAUCAAAAGUAUUGUCAUUUUCACAAUGCUGUCAUCCUGCUCCACAGCACUGGAUGUAUGUGUAAAUUGUGUUCAUAUACUGAUUUCGAUUUGAGUCCCUUAUUUUUGUAUUUCAGUUUAGUGGAUUUAACCCUGAUCUCUCUUUUUUUUUUUUUUUUUUU